AUGGGUCUUCGGCGUCCGACACGUCGACCUCAAUCCACCUGGAGAUCUAGUGGUCACCGUGUACAAAAGCUCCCGGAGGGAAAGGCGUUGAUGCGCUCCCUUCUUCUCGAUCCUAUUGCAACUCACAAAGGAUUGGCGCUGCUGCUUCGACGUCUCGUCAUCACCGGCAAGGACACGCCGGAAAACAUGCAAGUUCUCUUGGGACCGACGCUUGUUAGCAACAAGAAUGAGCUUGAGAGGACUCAGCUUGAGAUUCUCUUGGACACCCCUGGUGGCUUCCCAAUGCACGAAGAGGCAAAAUUUGAUGAUGCCGGGGUCGACCACCUCACGCGUGCAGUGCGACCGCCGAGCCAGACCGAACAGGAGACAAUGAAGGAAGUGCGAGAGAUUCAGAGAAAAUCCGAGCAGAAGAUUGGGGUUGGAUGUUCGCCUGAUUCGGGCGUCAUGAGAGAAAUACUGAUGACGAUGGGGCCGAAUUGGCCGGAGAAGAUGCAUCUGUACACGCUUGCAAUCAACACAAUGGACCAAGGGGUCAGCCGCUAA